UUAUAUUGAAAUCUCUGACUUUUGAUGGUAGACUUUGGUAUCUUGACAAAACUAAGUAUAGUUUCAUACAUUGUUGAUGUUUCCUCUGAAACUCUAGAGACACAUGUGAAACUAUUUUAAGGAGAAACAUCUGAUUAUCAGGAGACCUAAACAAAAAUCACCCUUUGCUUGCUCUCAAUUUAAUGAUUGCUUUCUGGGAGAAACAAUUGAGAUAUAAAAGAGAUCUCAUUUUGUAUUUUGCUUUCUGAAGGGCAAGAUUCUGAAAACUCAAACACGGCAAUACAUUAGCCUAUAUCUCUCACAUAAAUAGGAAGAACUGUGGGGUGUGGACCAGGAAGGCACUGCUGCUCAGUUACAGAGCCUUUGUCAUUUCAUGCAUUCUGCAACACGACAAAAGCACAAAAUGGAAGGGCUCCUGAAUACAGAAGAGUUUUGUUGUCCAAUUUGCCUGGAUUUGCUGAAAGAUCCAGUGGCGAGUCCAUGUGGCCACAGUUACUGCAUGGGAUGUAUUGAUGACUACUGGAACAAAAGUAAAGAAGUUAUUGGCUGUCCCCAGUGUGGACAGACAUUUAGCCCCAGGCCGAUUCUGAAUAGAAACACCAUACUGGCAGAGAUGGUGGAGAAGAUGAAGAAACUGGAACUGUUAGGGGACUCUCAAAUUUACAGCAACUACAUGCCAGGUGAUGUAGCAUGUGAUUACUGCACAAGCAGCAAGCAAAAGGCUAUAAAGUCUUGUUUGGUAUGUUUGGCAUCUUAUUGUCCAAAUCACCUGCAACCACACUACAAAUCUCCAGCUAUGAAGAAACACAAGCUGAUUGAAGCCUCAGUGAACCUACAGGAGAAGAUUUGUCCUAAUCAUGACAAAUAUUUGGAAAUGUACUGUAGAACUGAUCAACAGUGUAUCUGUCUUUUGUGUGUAAUGGAUGACCACAAAGGUCACGAUACAGUGUCAGCUGCUUCAGAAAGUGCAAAGAAACAGAAAGACCUAGAGAUGACGAGACUAAAAUACAAGCUAAAAAUCCACACGAAGGAGAUGGAAUUACUAGAGCUUAAACAGGCUGCAGACUCCCUGAAGAUCUCUGCACAGGCUGCUUUAGAAAAUGGUGAGCAGAUCUUCACUGAAAUGAUACAGUCUAUUAAGAGGAGGAGGUGUACAUUUAGAGAUCUGAUCAGAAAUCAAGAGAGAGUAGCGGAGAGCAUGCUGCAGACUCUAGAGCAGGACAUCACAGAGCUCAAACAGAGAGAUCAAGAGCUUGAGUUGCUUCUGAAGUCUGAGGAUCAGGUUCAUGUUCUCCAGAACUGUCAUUCCUUCUCCUCUUCUCGGCUCCAUGAUCCACCUUUUACACUAGCAUCACUCUCAGAUUUUGGGAAGGUGAACGAUGCAAUAUCUGCAUUCAGAAUGAAGCUUGUAGAUGUCUUCAAAGGAGAAUGGCUCAGGAUCUAUCAAGCAGCUAAGUCUAUAAAGAUCCUCCACUGCACAGUGCCCAAAAUUAGAUCAGAGUUUCUGCACCAUUCCUGUCUCCUGCAACUCAAUCCCCUCACAGCCCAUAAAGACCUUAUUUUGUCAAAGGAGAACAGAGAAGUGACCGUUCGGAGCAGGGAGCGAUCUUGUCCCGACCACCCUGAGCGCUUUGAUUACUGGUGCCAGGUGCUGGGCACUGAGGGCUUGACAGGCUGCAGUUAUUGGGAAGUGGAAUGGAGUGGUAUGGGAGCAAACAUUGCUGUUGCAUACAAAAAUGUAGCCAGGAAAGGGGAAAGUAGUGAAGCUCACUUCGGUCACAAUGACAAAUCCUGGAGUUUGUUCUGCUAUAGGAAAGGUUAUACUUUCUGGCAUAAUGGGAUUGUCAGUAAGAUCUCUGAGCCUGGCUCAUCAAAGGUCGGCGUGUAUGUAGAUCAUAGGGCAGGGACACUGGCCUUUUACAGCAUUGGUGACACAAUGAUCCUCCUCCACAGAGUUCAGACCAGAUUCACACAGCCUCUCUACCCUGGCUUUGAGUUUUCAUGUUAUGGAGCCUUGAUAAAGUUGUGUCAGUUGGAGUAAGGGAAAUGGGGUAUUUGGCCUUGGAAAUUAAUGAAUUGAUAAAAAAAAAAAUAAAAAAAAAAUCUAUCUAUCUACCUAUAUCUAUCUAUAUACAUAUAUAUAUAUAUAUAUAUAUAUUAAGCAUUAUUAUAUCACAUUUUUACAUAAUGUUAAGUACAAGUUUUUUUCACACAUUCAUGACACAUCUAUGUCUAUGAUAAUAUCUUUCCAUUUAAACUAUACAUGCUCAAUCAAUUGCUGUUAUUUCUGUCUGUGGAAUUCCCCUCAAGGUUAAUAUUGUCUGAGCACCUUUACACUCUCAUUCCUGCCUUCUUUGUCAGAUAAUUUUCAAAUGAUGGUAAUUUAUGUUUGUUAUAGUUUCCGAUUAGCCUUUCAAAGACAACCUUUAGUUACCUUGCAACAUUCUUAACAUUAUAGUGUUUCCGCUGGUGUGUGAUGAUGACUAAUGAUGUGUUGUAACAGUACAAGCACUAACAUAAAUGUACACUUGGACCUCUGAAAAUGAUCUAGGCUUGUGGACAAAAGAACGUAAACAGCGUCCCCCAGCGGUUAAGGGAUGUUUGCAGAAGUUUGGUCAAUAAAACACUAUUAUUAUUAACAUAUUUUAUGCCAACAUUAUUAAAAAGUUUGGGCACAUCCACCCAUUAUUUAUAAUGACUAUUUUCUAUUUAUAAUAGUAAAAUCAUCAAAACAAGAAUUGUGCAGUGACCAAAAUGUUGAACAAAUCAAAACUAUCUAAUAUUUUAGAUUCUUUAAUGUAGCCAUCCUUUGCCUUCAUAAGCACUCUCUUAGCGUUCUCUCAACUAACUUCAUGAGGUGCCACCUUAAAUGCUUUUCCAACAGUCCCAAUUUAUUUCUAAAUCACUGGAUUUCCCAUUUAUGCCGGGUAUUUGUUGGCUGUUUUUCCUUCAAUAUCCAGUACUCAACUUUUCCACUUAAAAAAAAAAAAAAAAAAAGAGAAGCUUUUAUUAAAAUAAAAAUUUAAAUAUUUUGGAAGCAUAUAAUGGAAGCAUAUUUUUGCAUAAAAUGUAUUUCAGAAUGAAACAUUCAGGCAAGUUUUUCCAAACUUUUGACUGGUACUCUGUAUGUAAAUUAAUUAACUGAACUGAAUUCAGUUGUGGACAGUGGUACUACCCGUACUUCAUGUAUGGAGUAAACUCCAAUAAAAUUAGACAUACUAAAGUAACUUUUUCAUCUAACUAUUAAAUAGCUAUAGUGAAUGUUGGCAUGCUUACUGGAUAGCAUUUGCACAAAGCACAACAAAGUGGAAUUUGACAAUUGUGGUGCAAUGAACACAAAAAUCAAUAAUUAAACAAAACAAUAAUCAAAUAUUAUACCAGUCUUCACUCUAUGCUCAAGCUCCACUUUUCUACCACAGUGGUGACCCCCAAAACUCCAACAUUUCAGAAACUCUUCUAAAUCUCAACAUAACACUAUAUGUUUCAUUUUUCACAAAAUCACAGAAAAUAACUAUUGAUAGAUUUCCCCUGCCCAGUUGUAGUUAAAGGGAUAGUUCACCCCAAAAUGAAAAUUCAAUUCUCUCAUCAUUUUCUCACUUCUAUUCCAUUCCAGAUGUGUAUGACUUUCUUUCUUCUGCUGAACAAAAACAAAAGAUUUUUAGAAGAACAUCUCAGCUCUGUAUGUCCAUACAAUGUAAGUGAAUGGUGACCAGACCUUUGAAGCUCCAAAUAUCACAUAAAGGCAGCAUAAAAGUAAUCCAUAUGACUCCAGUGGUUAAACCUGUCUUCUGAAGUGAUGCCAUUGCUUUGGGUGAGAAACAGAUCAAUAUUUCAAUCCUUUUUUACAAGACAUCUUCACUUUCCCUUUCACAAUGUUAAAGAAUGUGAAAGUGAAAGUGAAAGCAGAGGUUUAUAGUAAAAAAGGACUGAAAUAUUGAUCUGUUUCUCAUCCUCAUCAUAUCGCUUCUGAAGACAGGUUUAACCACUGGAGAUGUACCUGUUCACCAUUCAUUUAGAUUGUAUGGACCUACAGAGCUGAAGUGUUCUGCAGAAGAAAUAAAGUCAUACACAUCUGGGAUGGCAUGGGGGUGAGUAAAUGAUGAAAGAAUGUUCAUUUUUGGGUGAACUAUCCCCGAACAAAAAUUAUUGAUUUCCCAACUCAAAUGGAUUAAGAAAACGUCCAUCUUACAAAUUUAAGUUAAUUUCACACAAUUAAAUUAAAUGAAGUUGUGGCAACAUGUUCAACAUGUUCGUGUUGCUUUAGUUUAUUUUAAUUAAAGGUGCGCUCAGUAAUAUUUUUCCUCAUUUACGUAAAAGGUUUUACUCCUAAACAAAUGAAUAGUAAUUUUGAAAAAUAUGUAUAAAAUCAUGAGCACUCACAUGAGAUGAAGACUCCAGUCAUAUCAGUAAACUUAAGCUGUUUUUUUCUACAAGGAGAGUUUCACCUCAUGGGGGGAUCACAUGACCAGCUGAAUACUACUCAAUUUACACUUUCACUCAUGGAUUAAAUUAAUUAUGGUUGACUGUGAAUUUUUUUACAAUGGCAUCUUUGACGAAAAACUAUUGCGUUGAAUGAUGCAGCAUCCACGCCCCUAGGUGUCAGUGUAAAUCCAAGAUGACAUAAAAGGAGCACUAAGUAAUUUGAUUUGAAAGAGGCCCUAUUAUGCUUUUUGGGAUUUUACCUUUCCAUUAGUGUGUAAUAUAGCUGUUUGUGCAUGUAAAAGGUCUGCAAAGUUACAAAGCACAAAGUCCAUGCCAAAGAGAGUUAAUCUAUCCCACGCCUGGUUUACAGUCCAGCCAUUACUUAGCUAUGUCACUAUGUAACACAUUUGCAUAAUGCCCACCUCAGGAAUGCGCUGCUCAGAAAGCCUCGGGAGCUGAAACUCAGUUAUGGUAAGGGGCGUUACAUUUCCAACACAUGCUCUAAGUGGUUGACCUAUCACAACAGACUGGUCCAGCUGACCAAUCAGAGCAGACUGGGCUUUUCGGAAAGGGGUCUUAAAAAGAGACAGGUGCUACAAAAGAGCGUUUCAGACAGAGGGUGAAUAGAGGUGUUGCAGCAAUGUACAGUAUGAGAACAAUAAUGUGUUUUUUGAACAUUAAAGCAUGUAAACCUAUUCUAGUAGACCCUCAAAAUAAAAGUAUGAACCUGUAAAUGAGCAUAGUAUGGGCUCUUUAACUAAAUUGCACAAGUAACAAAUACUUUUUGAGUAGGGGAGCACACUCAUAGUUGAGACUGAAUGGAGGAUUUUGAUAGUAAACAUUUUUAAAUGAAGCAUCUGCGGAGAACAUGAAGUUUAGUUCAGUAGAGGGCACUGAUAGGCUGAAGGAUGUCUGGAACUAGUUUAUGAGGAACAAUCAGGAUUAAAUCUGGGUCCAUACACAGAGGCUGUAACCUCUUAAAAUAUGCUUCUCUGGCAGUGCACCAAGAUGCAGACCUGCUUGUUUUGGAAAUAACAUAACAUAACAUUCCCAAAAGACAGAAUUUCACAUCGUAACUGAGGUGAUCCAGAUUCAUUACACUGAUUUACAGCUGAGAUUAAACUUUUUGUUUUUCAGCUCUACAUUUUGGGGCAAUUAAAUCCAGAAUUGUUUUCAAAGGCCAGGGUCCAUUUGAAUGCCUCUUCUGCUUUUGCUAAAAUCCUUAGUUGAGAUUGUUUAUCUCUGUCAUCUGGUCAGCAUAACUCUUUCUAGUGUAACUCAACUUUGGUCUGACCCAAGUCUGAAUGCUAAUGGUCGACAGAACUACUGUGAUGAAAUUUCUAAAAGUCCUCUGAUUUAACCCUGUACCAUCAUUGUACCAUGGUACUUUUUUUAAGGGUGAAAUUAAAACAAGCAAGUGUUUACAAAG